UCUCCCGUCACCGCGGUGUGCGCGGAGAGUGAACAGGUGAAAGAAAAUAUACACCGACAGUUAUGUGACGAUUCCAAGGAGAAUUUUGCCUUUACUUCUUUACUGAGCAACAUCGGCUUGAGUUAGAACUUCGGCCAAAAUGAAGACUGCAUUUAUGGUGGCUGAGAAGCCGUCCUUAGCUGCGUCUCUAGCCAAUAUUUUGAGUAACGGAAGAUGCACCACCAGAAAAGGUUCCAAUGGCUCUUGCUCAGUUCACGAGUGGCUCGGCCAGUUUCGAAGCGAGACUGUCAAUUUCAAAAUGACCUCAGUUUGCGGGCAUGUCAUGAGUUUGGACUUUAUAGGAAAGUACAAUAACUGGGAUAAAGUUGAUCCCGCCGAGUUGUUUUCUUGUCCGACUGAGAAAAAAGAGGCUGUCCCCAAGCUCAAAAUACCGAGUUUUCUUGCAAAAGAGGGAGGGUAUUGCGAUUACUUGGUCCUGUGGCUCGAUUGUGAUAAGGAAGGUGAAAAUAUCUGUUUUGAAGUUAUACAAGCCGUUCAACAAGGAUCGACCAGGAGACUUAAUCCAAACGAUAUAUGGAGAGCAAAGUUUUCUGCCAUUACCGAUAAAGAUAUCAAAGCGGCACUGGCCAAUCUUGCCAAGCCAAAUGAAAAUGAAGCCAGGAGCGUGGAUGCUCGGCAAGAGUUGGAUUUGCGAAUUGGCUGUGCGUUUACAAGGUUCCAGACAAAGUUUUUCCAAGGAAAGUACGGCGAUUUGGAUGCCUCGUUGAUUUCAUACGGCCCUUGCCAAACUCCCACCUUAGGUUUCUGCGUCCAGAGGCAUGACGAAAUCCAAACUUUCAAACCCGAUCCAUAUUGGGUACUUCAGGUCACAGUCAAGACUGCGGACGGCUUGGACGUAGUCUUGAGUUGGAGCAGAGUGAGAUCUUUCGAUAAGGAAGUAGCCAACAUAUUUCUAAGCCAUGUCAAAGAGCACGACCAUGCAACGGUGACGAGCAUUCAGAGUACUGAAAAAUCGAAAGCAAGACCCAUAGCGUUGAACACUGUAGAACUUAUGCGAGUCGCCAGUUCUGGACUGGGCAUGGGUCCUCAUCAUGCUAUGCAAAUCGCUGAACGUCUUUAUACUCAGGGUUACAUAAGUUAUCCCAGAACUGAAACUACCUCCUAUCCAGAGAAUUUCGAUUUAGUAUCGACUCUGAAGCAGCAGCAGAACAGUUCAGACUGGGGAGAUGAAGUCCGUAGAAUUUUAAGCUCGGGGAUAAGUAAACCAAAAAAGGGACACGAUGCUGGCGAUCACCCUCCCAUAACGCCGAUGAAAUCGGCCAGUAGAAAUGAAUUGGACGGUGACUCCUGGAGGCUUUACGAUUACAUUACGAGGCAUUUCAUCGCAACUCUUGCCAAAGAUUGCAAGUACCUCAGCACGACCGCAAAGUUCGAAAUCGGAAUGGAGACGUUCUCCGUCACGGGACACUCCCUCAUAGAUCCCGGAUACACGAGCCUGCUUACAUGGCAGGCGUUAAGCAACAACGAGUCGCUUCCCCGAUUUUCCAUCGGCGAACGAGUAAAGAUCCAAGAGAGCAAGCUGUUGGAAUGCUUUACGCAACCCCCGGACUACCUGACGGAGUCGGAACUGAUCACCCUGAUGGAGAAGCACGGUAUCGGCACCGACGCCUCGAUACCGGUCCACAUCAACAACAUCUGUAUAAGAAAUUACGUGAACGUCGCGACCGGCAGGAAACUCGUCCCCACCUCGUUAGGCAUAGUUCUGGUCCACGGAUAUCAGAAAAUCGACCCGGAGCUCGUUCUGCCGACGAUGCGCUCCGCGGUGGAGGAACAACUGAACCUGAUAGCCCUCGGACGGGCAGACUUUCACGCGGUACUCCAGCACACCGUCGAGAUCUUCAAACAGAAGUUCCACUAUUUUGUGCAGAGCAUCGACGCGAUGGACCAGCUGUUCGAGGUUUCAUUCUCGCCUCUCUCUGCCUCUGGCAAGUCGCAUUCCAGAUGCGGCAAGUGCAGGCGUUACAUGAAGUACAUCCAAACAAAGCCGUCGCGGUUGCAUUGCGCGCACUGUAACGAGACGUACAAUCUACCUCAGAACGGUAAUAUUAGAAUCUACAAGGAGUUGAAGUGUCCAUUGGACGACUUUGAGUUGCUGUCCUAUUCGACGGGCACGAGGGGCAAGAGUUAUACUUUCUGUCCUUACUGCUUCAACAACCCACCAUUCAGGGAUAUGAAGAAAGGUUUGAGCGGCUGCAACGCUUGCACGCAUCCAACUUGUCCUCACGGACUGAACUCGAACGGACUGUCGAGUUGUUUGGAAUGCGAGAGCGGAAUUCUGGUACUGGACCCAUCGGCGGCUCCGAAAUGGAAGCUUGUCUGUAACCGAUGCGAUGUUAUCAUCCAUCUGUUUGCUGAUGCGCACAAAGUCAUGGUGGAAGCUGACGAAGUCUGCGACUGCGGAGCUCAGCUGGUUACCGUCGAGUACAAGCAGGACAAGAGCAAGUUACCGAACGAGGCGACGGAGAUGACGGGUUGUGUAUUCUGUACACCGGCUUUCACUAGCCUCGUCGAGAAGCACCGAGCGGUAGCCUCAAAACCUGUAGCGACCCGAGGUCGUGGACACGCCAAAGGUCGAAGCCGGGGCAAACCUCGCCCGCCCAAGGACAAAAUGGCACAGCUGGCUGCCUACUUCGUCUAAGACUCUCCUUACGUUUCGUUUUCUCAUCUAUACCCCCCACUCGCUUCCAAUUAACUCUACGGUAACGAUUAUGAUUUAUUUUGCGGAAGGUACCGAAAAAUCGUAAUACCCUUUUUUUACCGCAAUUCAUUUAAGACAGUACUAGACAAUAUACUAUGGUGUACCUUAUUUGAAAUUUGUAACGCUUCUUACGCAUGAUUCUACGUGUGUAAAUAAUUCUAGAUACUUACGCGACAGUCGUAACAAUGUAAACUUUUACUCUGACGAUGACUUCCGUACUUCUUUUGAUCGGUUUUUAUAUGUCCUUGGAUAUAUGUAAAAUUUACGCGUCAAUCUCAAGAUUGGAAGAAAGAAUCGCUAGGAAUCCGUUGAACUUUAGAUAAUUUUUUCUAACGAUUUCUAUAACACUAUCAGCUAACGCCUAGGGGCAUCCUGUUGUACUCGUAUAUGCAUCUGUCCACGCUAUUUUCUGCGCAAACGAAGCAUAAAUUUCGAAACUCUGCGCGUACUUCCCAAAAAUAUAAGCGUCGUAUCUCGCUACGUAGGUACAAACACUGAAGACUGAUCCCUCCGAAGAAGAAAAGGUCUGCGGGCAAGAUAUCUUCGCGUCUUGGGAAAAGACGAAAGAAUCUUUCAGGAGUGGAAGGCGCUCGAGCAGUAAGUGGCGUGGACAUUGGCGACAUUGCGAUACCUACUGUUGUAUGUAAAGUUUAUUGUAUACCUAUACAUUGUAUACAUAUGAAAACACAUUUGUAGAUCUUUUUGUAACAUUUUCCUGUUUCGUUUUUAAUAAAGCCACAAUAACGCACUC